AUGGAAGAAAUAGACUUCAUCCCCGGCACUACGCGCCUCGUCGAGGACCACGAUCAUGCUGCCACCUCCCACUUGAAGAAGCAUGGGGACAUCAUUCUCUCCCCCCAACCAACAAACUCCCCGAACGACCCUCUGAAUUGGUCUCUCCCACGCAGAUGCUGGCAUGCCGCCCUUCUCUGCUUCGUCACAGCGCUCACAGCUGCAACCUCCAAUGACGCCGGAUCAGCUCAGGAUGGAAUGAACACCGACUUGGGAAUAUCAUACAAUGCGAUGAAUACAGGCGCCGGAGUCCUAUUCAUUGGAAUCGGGUAUUUCACACUUCUGAUCUCACCCGCAGCCUGGCUCUAUGGAAGACGAAUCACAUUCCUCAUAUGUAUUUUCCUGGGAGCGAUGGGAGCUAUUUGGUUCGCAAGAGUGCAAAGCACGGAAGAUUCCAUCUGGAACCAGCUCUUCGUCGGCGCGUCCGAAGCUUGCGCAGAAGCCAAUGUCCAGCUCUCGCUCUCAGAGGUCUUCUAUUCACAUCAGCGAGGAGCAGUUCUCGGCGUUUACGUUUUGUCUACAAGUAUCGGAACAUACCUUGGUCCCUUAAUCGGCGGAUUUGUGGCAGACCGAAUUGGCUGGCGCUGGAUCGGCUGGCUCUCGGUAAUCAUUUCCUUGGGCACAGUCGUCGUCCUCUUCUUCACGCUCGAAGAAACCCUCUUCGACCGCUCCGCCUACGACGUUGGCACAAUCGACGGUGUGCACCAAACCGGCGAUACCCCUCAUCCGCACCACUCAGAAAACGAAAAGACUGCCGAUCUCAAUAAAUCCCACUCCCCCUCUGACGUCCCCGCUGAAUCCUCGAUGGAGAAGAAGAAGACAUACUGGCAGCGAAUUCAACUGAUUACAUUAGCACCCAACGUUGUAGGCACAGGCUUCAAGCAAUACAUCUCCCGCCUCCUACACACCCUCCGCGUCUUCACCUUCCCAGCGGUCCUCUACAGCGGCCUGCAAUGGGGCGCCCAAGACGCCUGGCUAACCUUCUACCUCACCCUCGAAGAAAGCAACUGGUUCGGCCCGCCGUGGAACUACUCUGACGUCGGCACUGGCCUCAUGAACAUCCCAACCCUCAUCGGUGCCGUGAUCGGCUGUUUCUGGGGCGGCUGGUUCUCCGAUCUAUUCGUCGCUUGGUACGCUAAGCGCUUCCGCAAGGGUAUUCGCGAGGCGGAGGAUAGACUGUGGAUGAUGUACCCCUGCGCCAUCAUCUCUCCCGUCGGCAUGCUUUUGUUCGGCAUCGGGACUGCCUAUGGCUGGAACUGGCUGGCCCCCUACGUCGGACUCGGCUUCAUCGGUUUCGGCUGGGGUUGCGCGGGCGAUCUGUCUAUGGCGUACCUCAUGGACGCCUACCCGGAAAUGGUGCUGGAAGGCAUGGUCGGUGUUGCGGUGGUGAAUAACACACUGGCUUGUCUGUUUACGUUCACGGCGUCCGAUUGGCUGGGUGGUGGCGUGGACAGUGUUAGGAACUGCAUGAUCGAGAUCGCGGUGCUGGAUUUCGUGUUUGUCAUGCUGACGGUGCCGAUGAUGCUCUACGGCAAGAAAUGUCGACGGUGGACGUUGAAGCGGUACGAGGAUUUUGUGCGGAUUCGGGAUACCCUGUAA